UAGGCACCACCGAGGAGUCGAAUGAUUUAUUUCUGAGGACUGUUCCUUAACUAUCCGCCUGCAGAUCAAAAGGCCUCUCAGCGCUUAUGACUUCAGGCUAACUUGAAACAGAUAUUCUCAGCAGUGCAUGGUCCUGUUAGUCCACAUUGCAGUUCCACGUGCUUCACACUGUCCACGAUGCCAACCUUACCUGAAGACAAGGGACAAUCAAAAGAGGCGCAGCACAACAGCUCUCCUCCAGCCAAAGAGACUACUGUUGAAGGGACAACAUGCAGUACACCUUCUAUUGUUCUCCCAGAGAAUGCUGUUACGUCAGAUGUAGAAAUUGAUAAAAAUCUGGUUAACAGGCCUCGUAGUCCUCAUAGAAGACAUUCUAACCGUGCCACUAGGAAUUCAACAAGUUCAUUGACUUCUGUUGACAACAGUGGUCAUGUGAUCGAUCUGGUAAAUGAUCAGCUACCAGAUGUCAAAAUAUCAGAGGAAGACAAAAAGAAGAACCUUGAAUUGCUAGAAGAAGCAAAGAAAGUGAGUGAGAGGUUUCUAAUGCGCAGAGGCAGAAAGUCAAGAAGCAGCCUUCCAGAGUCACCCAUAGCAGUUUCCCCUACACUUAGUCCUAAAGUUUCACCAGUAGCAUCUCGGAGCAACUCUUUCACUCUUCCAGUUCCAUCAGGGUGUGAUGCAUGCACAACCACUAGUGUCGAGUCAGUGUCUCCAGGGCAGAAUAACAGAACUGUGAAAGAGGAUGAAAGGCAAACUGCAGAGAAUGCUGCAAAAGGAUUAAUUGAUCGAAGACAGAAUGAUCAAAGAAAGAUUUCUCAGGGAAGGUUGGUUCCUCGUUCUGCAGGUUUUGAAAACUCCAAAGAGAAGCUCUCAGAACAAAAAGAAAACUUUGAUCCACGUAAACAUAUGGAUACUUUACCUAAAUGCUCCCCUUCAGGUGGUGAUGGUGGCAGAAUGUCUCUUAACACUUGCAUGAAUGUUUGUGAAAAUGAACUUGGAAAAUCAUUCCUCAAGAAAGCAAAAGAAAAUGAUGUUCCUUUAAGAACCCAUCUACCAGGACCAGGAGUAGGAAAUAUAGACUCAAAGCUCAAAAUUCCUAUUCCAGAAAUGAGGGACCAUAAAGUUUCUUGUAAACCAGAAUUUAAACUGUAUGGACUGCGUCCUCCUCUACUACGGGCUGUAUCAUGGGAUAGCAUGGAGCCUGGACAGAAAGAUAAAACACCUUUGAAAUUACCAUCUGAGGAAGAUAAAAGUUUUGGUAUUGAUAAUAAAUCCAGCCAUCAGCUAAAAGCAUUCAAAGACCUUCAAAUCCAAGUUCAACCAGUUCGAAUGCAGAAAUUGACAAAGCUGAGAGAGGAGCAUAUUCUGAUGAGAAAUCAAAAUUUAGUUGGACUUAAACUUCCUGAACUUAGUGAAGCGGCUGAACAGGAAAAAGGCCCUUCACCUCUUCCCUCCCCCACUGAAGAGGAAGAGAUAAAGAACAGCUCUGAUGUCAUGCCCAGCAUUCCUGAUGUAUUGCUGCGAAAACUGCGAGUGCACAAAUCACUUCCAGGAAGCUCCCCUCCACUUACUGAAAAAGAAGUUGAGAAUGUAUUUGUACAACUUUCCUUGGCCUUUAGAAAUGAUAGUUAUACCUUGGAAUCUAGAAUUAACCAAGCAGAAAGAGAGAGAAAUCUUACUGAAGAGAAUGCUGAGAAGGAACUGGAAAACUUUAAAGCAGCCAUUACGUCUUCAGCUCACUUAUGGCAUCACUAUGAACACAGAGAAGCUUACCAGAAGCUGUUGGAAGAUAUUGCUGUUCUGCGGCGUUUAGCUGCUAGGCUGUCUAGUCGAGCUGAGAUGGUUGGAGCCAUUCGCCAGGAAAAGCGUAUGUCAAAGGCCACAGAAGUAAUGAUGCAGUAUGUGGAAAAUCUGAAAAGAACGUAUGAAAAGGAUCAUGCUGAACUAAUGGAGUUCAAGAAACUUGCCAAUCAGAAUUCUAGCAGAAGCUAUGGUGCAUCUGAAGAUGGAGUACCUCGUUCAUCUAGAUCCAUGUCUCUUACUGUUGGAAAGAAUAUGCCUCGGAGAAGAGUCAGUGUUGCUGUUGUUCCUAAGUUUAACUCCUUAAACAUCCCUGGUCAGUCAUCAACAGCUUCACCUAUACCUUCAAUGCCAUCCCUGUCUGAAUCACCUAGUAAUGGAAGGAGCAAUCUAACAUCUACUCCUGUUCUGCCAGCACUUCUAGAAAAUGGUAAGACUAAUGGAGAGCCUGACUGUGAAACCUCUACUUCUGUGCUGACACAAAGCGGGUUGGAAGAAAUCAAUCCUGAAACUAAAGCCAAGAUAGAAGAGGAAGCAUAUAACAAAGGCUAUCAGGAAGGCUUGAAGAAAAUCAAAGAACUUCAGGAACUGAAGGAAGAAGAUGAAGAGACACCAAAAGAAAUUCAUGAUGAACAUGAAGAAAGUGAAAAUGAAGAUGAGAUAAAAAAACUGAAAAGCAGCAGACUUGAAGUCAUCAUUAAUUAUUUACAUAUACUGUACCCCAAACUGUGUAAACACUGGAAUGUGGUAUGGCUUGUAGUGGCUGCAAUAAUCACCUUUGCUGUGGUGUUGGGAAUCUACCAUUCAUACAACUCCUGUGAAGAAAAAUCAGAGGGACCUGAAGGGAAGGCCAGCUGUUCUGCUGCCCGUCAAUAUUCCUGGUGGAACUCAGGAUUUCAACAUGAGCAACGCACUGAAUAAUAAAGGAACAACCAUGCAUUUAUGGUACCUGAGCAAGUAUGCAUAUUAGAGUUAAAGGUAGUGCUUAGUCAUCCUUAUGGUUGUUAAAUGUGAUCUCUUAGACAAGUGAGUUACUCCACACCAUCAGGUUGGGGAAUACAUUGUGAACGUACCUUGCCAAAAUGACAGUCUGAUAAAUAAUCCUGUCUGUUCUCUUAUUGUAAAUUACUGAUACAAAUAAAGUAAUAUUGAAUCAUAAGGUUGUAGCAGUAAUCAGCAACCAGCAAGAUAUUUAAAAGAAUAAUUUGCACAGAAUGUUGACAUCUUUGCUAUGAUUUUGAAGAAAAAUGUAAAACCUGCAUUUGAAGUUAUUGUUUUACUUCCAUUUCCUGAAUGUGUUGGUGAUUGCUGAAGUACUAAUGGCAUUUAAGUACUCUGGGGUUUAAGAGUCUAAUUCAUUUCCAUAUUCAUGAUUAUCGGGUAGAAAUAGAAGCUCUUCUAUGGAAGGUUAGAAUUAUAUUAUCAGACCAAAUGCCUUGCUGAUAAAGUAAUUUUAUAAGAGGAAUUAUCUGUAUGAUUAUUUAAAUGGAAUACUAAGUACACGCAUAAAUGUGUUUUAUGAUACACUUUAAGAAUGGGACCACCUUUUUUUUUUUAAAUGGGGUACACAACAAAACCUAAGAUGAGGUCUAGGUGGCAUAGAUGAUAUAAUCAAAUAAAUCUGGGACCUUCCGAUAUAUCAAAGGGAGAUGCUUUGCAAUGAAUUUUUGUACGCCAUUCAGAGUCACUACUGGUUACGGCAAAAAGUAGUUGCUGUCUGAAAGAUUAGAUGUGUUGGCCAAGCCCAAAAUACAGCAGUCUUGGAUGUGGGAAGCAAUCUUCAAUGCUUUAUUUAAAAAAAAAAUAAAUAAAAAAUAAAUGAAUGAAUAAAAGUCUUAAAACCUGUGUACACAGAUGAUCAUACUAAGUGGACUCUGCCCUGCUGCUAAUACUGGCGGGGAAGGUCUAUAAGCAGUUGAGGUUUGUUUUAUUUUAAAGUAUAUAUUGUUGAGGGAUAGUAUGCUUAAGAAAGUUCAAAAAGGAUAAUGGGAAAGUGCCAUUUGGUCUAAAAUUGUAAUUGGUAAAGAAUAAGACAGAAGAAGGUUUCUUGCAAAUUACUUGGUAUCUGUUUGGUUCAGUUAGAAUAUCUGACUAUGAAGAACUACUGUGACUUUUCACGUACUUUAAGCGUUUGAAGAAACUUGUCAGUUGCUCUUUGAAUACUUUAUAAAAAUCAUCAUCUUCAACUUAAUAUUCUUUACAAAUAGCAUUGAUAAUUUAAUAAGGCAAUAAAAAUUGAAGGUACAUAGUCCUGGAGAUUCAGAAUCUUCUAUGCCAAAAAUGAUGGCACAUGAUUAUGUGGAAAUGUUGGGCUGCACUGAAGAAAAAUAAUUAACAAUGCCUAUAAUCAAAUUAAUUUGCACUUAUUUACAUCUGCAUUGAUGUGGGUCCAACACUUUAAGUACCUAUAAAAAGUUAUUGAUAUCAGUAGGACUCUUGAACUGCUUAAUGUUAAGCAUGUGCUAAGGUUUUUUUGGUAAGUGGGUGAACAAGGUCUCCAUCCUCUCUUGAUAUUCAGCACACAGGCUUUUAGUGGACUUAGUGCACAAGGGCGUAUUUCCAUAAGUAGUUGUACUGAUUUGAACCGAACUACUUGCAUGUUUAAGGCAAGUAUAAUUUAGCCACAAAGUUAUUGUUGUGGGGAAUGGACUGAAAGAGGCAAGAGAUUUUAAUGGGGACAAAAAGAUGGAGAUAAAGUUUACUUCAAAAAAAUUGUUGCUCUUUUUAUAACUACUUUGAGCAAACUGUCCACUAAAAAUAAUGAACCACAAUGACUAACAGCACAUUAAAUAUUUUUGCUUAUAUUUUUCAGUUAGUUAAUGAAGACACCUUUUUUAAUAGGAAAUUAUAUUGAGCUCAAAAAUUAUUCUAGAUGUAAUUUUAUCUGUUGGAUAUUAGUUUGCUUUAUCUGGAAGAAAACCCCAACCUCUUCUGUGUUCAAAGAUCACAUCAGAUAACAAGAAAUAGACCUAGUAUUUAUGCUAUUAACACUGAAAUAGUUUUCUUGAAGUGCAAUAUUUAUUUUUUUCUGCUUUAACAAGACACGUUUAUUGUUUUUCCUGCACAGCACAGAUGUUUCUAGUAAAAGGAAUUUUAAAAGGGCACUAUUUUUGUGUAUCAUAUUUAAAUUUGUAAUAUUGUAAGAUUUUGCACAAGUGUGCUGGUAUUGUACUGUAUAGUAUCACAUACUUGAGUUUUGAAAUAAAAGAAUGGUUUCAAAGUC